AUGACCGAAGUCCAGGCCUGUGGCGGUGCCCUGGUGGGGCAGUUACAGCUGCAGGAAGCCACGACCCGCAGAGCCGCCCGCGGGAGGGGCGCCAACCCACAAGCGGCUUCCCGGAGCAUGCGCAAAUACGGCGCCGGCGGGGGCGGGGCCUGUUGUUCGCGCGCGCGCGCGCGCGCCGGCGCUCCCGUCCCGCCUCGCUGGGGUCGGUCCCGGAAGUGCGGCGGGGUCGCGCCCACGGCCCCGGGCGCCCUGGAGCCGCCGGCCUCGGUCGCGGAGGCUGUGUCAUCCCUGACCAUCGCCGACGCCUUCGCCGCGGCCGGCGAGAGCCCCGCCCCGCCGCCCUCCGUGCUCAAUAGCAGGUUCAUCUGCUCCUUUCCUGACUGCAGCGCCAAUUACAACAAGGCCUGGAAGCUAGACGCGCACCUGUGCAAGCACACCGGGGAGGUAACCGGGCGCCGGCCAGGCCGCGGAGGGGCGUGGCGUCCAGGCCCAGGGACUCAUGACGCGGUGGCCCGCCAGAGACCGUUCGUUUGUGACCAUGAAGGGUGUGGCAAAGCCUUUGUCAGGGACUACCAUCUGAGCCGCCACAUCCUGAUUCACACUGGGGAAAAGCUGUUUGUUUGUACAGCUAGUGGUUGUGAUCAAAAAUUCAACACAAAAUCAAACUUGAAGAAACAUUUUGAACGCAAGCAUGAAAAUCAGCAAAAACAAUAUGUAUGCACUUUUGAAGGUUGUAAGAAGGCCUUUAAGAAACACCAGCAGCUGAGAAUCCAUCAGUGCCAGCACACCAAUGAGCCGCUGUUCAAGUGUGCCCAUGAAGGAUGUGGGAAACACUUCACCUCACCCAGCAGGCUGAAGCGACACAGCAAGGUCCACAAGGGCUAUAUGUGUCAAAAAGAAUGUUCCUUUGUGGCAAAAACAUGGACAGAGCUUCUAAAACAUGUGAGAGAAACCCAUAAAGAGGACAUAAAAUGUGAAGUAUGCCAGAAAACAUUUAAGCGCAAGGAUUACCUUAAGCAGCAUAUGAAAACUCACGCCCCAGAAAGGGAUGUAUGCCGGUGUCCAAGAGAAGGCUGUGGUAGAACCUACACAACCGUGUUUAAUCUCCAGAGCCACAUUCUCUCUUUUCACGAGGAAAGGCGCCCAUUUACCUGUGAACAUCCUGGCUGUGGCAAAACAUUUGCAAUGAAACAAAGUCUCACUAGGCAUGCCAUUGUGCAUGACCCUGACAAGAAGAAAAUGAAGCUCAAAGUAAAACCAUCUCGUGAAAAACGGAGUUUGGCCUCUCGUCUCAGUGGCUAUAUUCCUCCUAAAAGGAAGCAAGGACAAGGCUUAUGGGCACCUGAAACCGGAGAGACACCGAACUGUACCGAAGACAAGGUGCUCUCGCCCGUUGCGCUCCUUGCCCUCAACCAACCCUCCCCCUUUGUCUAAACGAGACCACAGCAUUCAGCUCAAUUAUUUCCGCUAAGAAGCACACUUUUCUUUAUUAAAAUCACUGAUGCACAACA